AGUCAACCAAUGAGUCUCUACUUCUUCUUCUACCAUUAAAUAUCCAUUCAAUCUUUAAGGAAAGUUACAAAACCUACAUACUCUCACCCUUGUACUAAUUUAUUAAUUCUGUCUCCUCUUUUCACACACAAAACACACUUCAAAACAAACAACAUAGGACCAUGUUGUUUAAGAUACCAAACAACCGACCCAUAAUCACCAUGUUUCUGUUUCUAAUCUUCAUCAUAAACAUAAUCUUAGUAACAUCAUCAUCAUCAUCUGAUCUAAAACCUGGGUAUUACUCAAAAACAUGUCCACAAGCUGAAAUCAUUGUCAGAGAUGCUAUGAAAAAAGCUCUUGCAAGAGAACCAAGAAGUGUUGCCUCUGUUAUGCGCUUUCAAUUUCAUGAUUGCUUUGUUAAUGGGUGUGAUGCUUCUAUGUUGCUUGAUGAUACACCAACUAUGCUUGGAGAAAAAUUGGCCCUUUCAAAUAUAAAUUCACUUAGAUCAUUUGAAGUUGUUGAUGAGGUGAAAGAAGCUGUAGAGAAGGCUUGCCCUGGAAUUGUUUCUUGUGCUGAUAUCAUAAUCAUGGCUUCUAGAGAUGCUGUAGCACUGACAGGAGGACCUGAUUGGGAGGUGAAGUUAGGAAGAUUGGACAGCUUGACAGCUAGUCAAGAAGACUCUGAUAACAUCAUGCCAAGUCCAAGAGCCAAUGCGAGCUCUCUCAUCGAUCUCUUUCAACGAUUCAACCUCACUGUCAAAGACCUUGUAGCACUCUCAGGAUCACACUCUAUCGGCAAAGGUCGAUGUUUUUCGAUCAUGUUUAGGCUAUACAAUCAAUCCGGUAGUGGAAAACCGGACCCUGCGAUUGAUCCCAGUUUUAGACUAGAGCUUGACAAGCUAUGUCCACUAGAUGUUGAUCAAAAUAAGACAGGGAACCUUGAUUCAACUCCUGUGAUUUUCGAUAACCAAUAUUUCAAGGACUUGGUUGGUGGAAGAGGAUUUCUCAACUCUGAUCAAACACUUUUCACUUACCCUCGAACAAAAGGGUUUGUUAGGUUCUAUAGCAGAGAUCAAAAUGAAUUUUUCAAAGCAUUUGUUGAAGGAAUGUUGAAAAUGGGUGAUUUACAGUCCGGUCGGCCUGGCGAGGUUAGGAGCAAUUGCAGAGUUGCCAAUGCUCGCCCUGCUAAUAUCCUGGUUCAACACAAGAUGCAGAAAAAUGUUAAAUCAAUAUGAAUUACAUGUACCAGAAGACUCGUAGAUUAAUAAGACGAUAUAUUAACUUUCAAGUAAACUGUAUAACAUCAUGACUGGUUUUAGUAUAUGAAGCAUCUCAUUCUCAUCCCAAUUCACAAGAUAUGCAAGUCUCACAAAACAUGUUAUGUUGUCAUGUUUCACAAUAGCAGUUGUAAUGUCUCCACAUUUGGAAUUGGUUUGGGUUACACUAGUCAAUAUUACAGAAAAA